AUGCAGUGCCGGUUCCUUCGGGGCCUGGCCGGCGCCCUCCUUGCCCUCCUGUGCAUGGGGCUCCUGUCGCUACGGUACCACUCGAGCCUGUCCCCCCAGGGGGUGCAGGAGACCCCUGAGCUGAGCCCGCCAAGUCUGGGGUCCCGUGAGCUGCAGCUGCACGAUGUCUUCAUCGCAGUCAAGACUACCCAGGCCUUCCACCGCUCGCGCCUGGAGCUGCUGCUCGACACGUGGGUCUCCAGGACCAGGGAACAGACAUUCAUCUUCACCGACAGACCAGACGAAGGCCUCCAGGAGAGACUGGGGUCCCACCUUGUGGUCACCAACUGCUCCGCGGAGCACAGCCACCCAGCUCUGUCCUGCAAGACGGCUGCUGAGUUUGAUGCCUUCUUGGCCAGUGGGCUUAGGUGGUUCUGCCAUGUGGACGAUGACAACUAUAUGAACCCGAGGGCACUGCUGCAGCUGCUGAGAACCUUCCCGCCGGCCCACGACGUCUAUGUGGGGAGGCCCAGCCUGAACCGGCCCAUCCACGCCUCUGAGCCGCAGCCCCACAAUCGCACGAGGCUGGUACAGUUUUGGUUUGCCACCGGGGGCGCUGGCUUCUGCAUCAACCGCAAACUGGCUUUGAAGAUGGCCCCAUGGGCCAGCGGCUCCCGCUUCGUGGAGACAUCUGCUCUCAUCCGGCUCCCCGAUGACUGCACUGUGGGCUACAUCAUCGAGUGCAAGCUGGGUGGCCACCUGCAGCCCAGCCCCCUCUUCCACUCCCACCUGGAGACCCUGCAACUGCUGGGAGCUGCCCAGCUCCUGCAACAGGUCACCCUCAGCUACGGUGUCUUUGAGGGGAAACUCAACGUCAUUAAGCUACAGGGCCCCUUCUCCCCUGAGGAGGACCCCUCCAGGUUUCGCUCCCUUCAUUGCCUCCUCUACCCAGAAACGCCCUGGUGUCCACAGCUGGUUGCCCGAUGA